GUUUGCUACAAUCCCGAAAGCUAGCUUCACCCGCAUUCGGAUCGGCGAAACGCGCCGGCACGCAUUCUUUUGCGUAGAGCCGCUAGCAAGUGACCACAAUUUCUCCGAACACACCUGCGCCGACCACCAGCAACCGCCAAUACCUCCCCUCCCCUCCCCUUCCUUACCCACCCACCCACACAAUGUCUCGCUACGAAAUCCUCUCCCCAGAAGGCCUUCGCAUCGACGGGCGGCGCUGGAACGAGCUCCGACGGUUCCACGCGCAACUGUCGACGCAGCCGACGGCGGCGGACGGGUCCUCGUACAUCGAGCAGGGCAACACGAAAGUGAUCUGCACGGUUACCGGACCGACAGAGGCGUCGCAGCGCAGCAGGCAGCUGCACGAUCGCGCGAGCAUCUCUGUCGAGGUCACGUAUGCCGCGUUUUCGGGGACCGAUCGGAAGAAGAGGGCGAGGAAUGAUAAGAGAGUGCAGGAAAUGCGAACUAUGCUGCAGCGCGCGUUUACUCAGGCGGUCCUAACCCACUUGCACCCGCGGAGCGAAAUCACAAUCUCCCUACAUAUCCUUUCGCAAGACGGCGGAGUCCUGGCGACCUGUGUCAAUGCUGCGACGCUGGCGCUGAUCGAUGCCGGCGUUCCGAUGAGUGACUACGUGGUAGGCAUGUCUGCGGGCGUGGCCGGAAAGACGAUCAGUUCUGGAGGCGGGGGGAGCUACGAAGAGAGUGCGGAUCCGCUGCUAGAUGUCAAUUUCAUCGAGGAGGGGGAGCUACCGCAUCUUACUGUCGCUACGCUAGGGAAGAGUGAGAGAAUCACGUUGCUGCAUAUGGAGAGUCGUGUGCAUUUGGGCAUGAUGGAGGGGAUGCUCGCGGUGGCGGUGGAUGGAUGUGCGAAGCUGAGGGACAUGCUAGAUGAUGUGGUCAGGAAGCAUGGGAACGAGCUUGCAAGGAGUGGGGCGCUCUGAGGAAUUCAUAGAACGGCAAAUACCAACUCUUUACCGCAGCAAUCACUCGCUG